AAGGCAGUGCUGGGCUCUGGCUCUGCGGGCGGAAGCGGCGCCACGGCGGGAGCCGAGGAGAAGGCUCCGGACGCUGCUCAGGAACCCGGGACGCCGGUGUGCCCGCGCCCUGCGCACUCAGCCCCAAAGCGUCAUGGCUGAGUACGGGACCCUCCUCCAGGACCUGACCAACAACAUCACUCUUGAAGAUCUGGAGCAGCUCAAAUCAGCCUGCAAGGAGGACAUCCCCAGUGAGAAGAGUGAAGAGAUCACAACAGGCAGUGCCUGGUUUAGCUUCUUGGAGAGCCACAACAAGCUGGACAAAGACAACCUCUCCUACAUUGAGCAUAUCUUUGAGAUCUCUCGCCGUCCUGACCUACUCACUAUGGUGGUCGACUAUAGAACACGUGUUCUAAAGAUCUCUGAGGAGGAUGAGCUGGACACCAAGCUAACCCGUAUCCCCAGUGCCAAGAAGUACAAAGACAUUAUUCGACAGCCCUCUGAGGAAGAGAUCAUCAAAUUGGCUCCUCCACCGAAGAAAGCCUGAGCAAGGGGAGGAAGAGGAGGAAGGUUGGACCUUCAUAGGACCACUCCCUUCCCCCAGUCUCCAGGGGAGGGGGCAAAGGGCACCCCCCCAAAUCUACCCACUUACUAACCUGGUCCUAACCCCCUUACUGUGCGCGUGUGUGUGCGUGUGCGCACGCUCUGGCUGUCUGUCUACGUGUCUAGCUCAUCUAGCUCCUCUUCCUUAUGAGGGGCUGGGGGUCAGAGGCUGGGGGAGAGAACACUGUUUUCCCACUCUAGGGAAACUAUGAAUAUAGAAAUGGGCACAUUCCUUCUACAUCCCCUUCCUCCACUCUUCUCCCACAUCUGUCAAGGGUAAGAGCAGAAAGGACUUGCAUUUUCCUGCAUAGAGAAGCAGAGGUGGGGGCGAGAUGAGAUGAUCUAAUAAAAAGCAGUGGGAAAGAAGGUGAAGGAGCUGCCCAUCCCCCACCUGGGAAGGGCACAGAAAAGCCAGAGUUUAGUGUUAGUUCCUGAUGCUGGACAGGCUAGAGUUGUUUCCAGCUAUUCCUCAGGUUGAAGGGUCUAGGCACCAGCAGGUCUCUUUUUGCGCCCCUCUUAUGUGCCCAGGAUGGGUAUGAGCCAGGGAUCUAAUGACAGAGGACCACUGGAUCCUUUUCUGGCCCCAAAACUCUAACCCAACAGAGCACUCAGUAUUAGAUACAGCCCCACCCCUGACCUCUGCUCUAGUGAAACUGUGCUGGGAAAAUGCCCCACUGAGCCUGAAAUGGAGCUAAAGGGCAGAAAGAGGGUCCUUUUCCACUUCUUCAUUCCUACUCAAGACUGUUGCACAUAUUGACCCUGAACCUUGGGAGGUUGGGGAAUGAGAUCCUUAGGUUUUAACUCCAAUUCUGCCCCUGCCUACAGGGUCCCAGGAUGGUUAUUGUAGAAGACUUUCCCUCUUUACCUGGUCUAGAAUACCCCAAGCCCAAAAGAAGGGAAGAAGUUAAUUACAGUGUUUUUCUUUGCACUGAUCCCAAAUUCAAUCCAGGAAGGAACUUGAUAACCCCACUCCCUCCAUAUCCCCACACUGUGGGCUUGUGAAUGCCUCCUAGCCGAAUCACUACAGUACAGUGCCCCCAGCCUCCUGCCUGUCCAAGAUGACCCCCCCCGACCGUGCUAACUGUGUGUACAUAUAUUCUACAUAUAUGUAUAUUAAACCCACACUGCCAUGUCUGCCCUUUUUUGUGGUGUCUAGCAUUAACUUAUUGUCUAGGCCAGAGUGGGGGUGGGAGGGGAAUGCCAAAUGAAGGGAGUUGAAAAGUCAAAUAGCUACAUAGUCAAAACUUUUUUUAACUUUAAAUUCACAUGUAAUCUCAAGAGACUAUUUACAGAGAGUUUAAGUUAGGAGCUUUUUGGAUGUGAGAGCAAAACUCUUAAUGGGAGGGGAGGGCUAGCUGUUGGAAGAGGGAGGAAGCCAGACUGGUUGGAGAGUACCUUCUACUCCUAGCCCAGCCCAGCCUUCCUGUCCCCUCUGGCCACUGCUGCAGACACCUGCCUUAACACAUGCACCUCGAGUACUCCACAAUUUUGCCUUAAAGGACCUUCCCAAGUUCCCCCAGCCUUGUCUGGCUUCUCCCUCUAGAGGGAUAAUUGUAGAAUUGGGAGGGGUAAAUGAGCAUGAAUUGUCCUUCCAGUCAAGACAGUUUAUAUGAGCAAAGGAGCGAGAGAAUGAAUAUGAAUGAGAAUGAAUAAGGAGUUUUCUGUUAAGAGAGGAGAGGAUGAGAUGGGGAGAAGGAAGACAUGGUCAUUUUCAGCAGUCUAAUUUCUCUGUAAGGCAAAAUAAUCUUAAAAGGCUAAUCUGCCCUCCCACCCUCUGUACUGCUGUGAGAGUGCUCCGUCCUGUGCUCCUCUGUGUGUAGUGUGCACGGCCUUGUUCUAACCCUGGAAUAAAGGUGACUGACCAUAACUGUA